AUGGUGGAUGAUUGUAGUAAUUCUCAUAGACAGUUUGAAAGUAAAGUUGGAGAGUUUAAGCAGGAAUUUGGAGAAUUAAAGAGAAGCACUGAGUGUUUGUUUUCUAGUAAAGCUUCAAUUCUUGGUAGAGAUUUGGAGAGAACUGUUAAGGAGCACCAGCAUCAUAUUAAUGAGCAGAAAAGCAUAAUGCAGGCUUUGAGCAAAGAUGUGGGCUUAGUGAAAAAACUUGUGGAUGAUUGUUUGACUAGUCAACUCUCCAAUUCCCUUCGUCCACACGAUGCUGUUUCUGCAUUGGGCCCCAUGUAUGAAGGUCAUGACAAAAGCUACAUCCCCAAAAUGCAAGCAUGUGAACGUGCCAUUUCCAACCUUCUCACUUUCUGCAAAAACAAAAAAUCAGAAAUGAACACUUUUGUACACAAAUACAUGCAAAAAAUUGCAUACAUUCAAUACACCAUCAAAGAAAUCCGCAACAAAUUCUCACUUUUCACCGAAGCCCUAAAACGCCAAAAUGACCAAUUUGACCAUUUAAAAGUCAUCCGUGGCAUCGGGCCCGCAUACCGUGCUUGUUUAGCAGAAAUAGUGAGAAGAAAAGCCUCCAUGAAGCUUUACAUGGGAAUGGCUGGACAUUUAGCUGAAAAACUUGCAUCCAAAAGGGAAAUUGAAAUAAGGAGAAGAGAAGAGUUUUUAAAAGUUCACAGUUCGUAUAUUCCAAGAGACAUUUUAGCUUCCAUGGGGCUAUACGAUACGCCCAAUACAUGUGAUGUGAAUAUAGCUCCAUUUGAUGGGAAUUUACUCGAUAUUGACGUAUCGGAUAUUGACCGUUUUGCCCCUGAGCAUCUAGUCGGGCUUUCUUUCAAAAAGGGCGUUGAGGAAACUUCCGAAAGUGGGAAUGAUUUUAUCGAAGCUUCUGAAUUGGUUGAGAUUGCUGGAACUAGUAAAAUUGAAGUUGAAAAUGCAAAAUUGAAAGCCGAAUUAGCUUCCACAAUUGCCCUCCUUUGUUCUUUUUCACCCGAAAUUGAAUUCGAAUCACUUGAUGAUAGUAAAGUAGGAGAUUUGCUAAAGAAUGCAACUGAAAAAACUGCUGAGGCGUUACGUUUGAAAGAUGAACAUGAAAAGCAUUUGUUAUCAAUGCUAAAAGUGAAACAUUUGCAAUGUGAAUCAUAUGAGAAACGGAUAAAGGAACUCGAACAAAGACUUUCGGAUCAGUAUACUCUAGAAGUCAAACUCAAUAAAGACGAGUCAACCGGGAAAACCGGAGAUUCAAAAUCGGAAAUCUUCUCUCCUAUGGAUGAGGCUUCUUAUGGGUCAAACACGCAUCUGGAUUCAUCAAUGCCGGAUGAGAAAGAUGAAAAGGAGGCGAUGGUGGCGAGCUCUAGCGGCGAUUACAUGCCGGAGAAAAGUUUUCCGGCGAAGGCCGGUGGUGGUGGUGGUGGUGGUGAUGUUGUGGAGUUGCAGAGUUUGGUGGCUGAGAAGACAAAUGAAGUAAAUGAAAUGGAAAUAAAGCUCCGGGAAGCUGUGGAUGAGGUUGCAAGGCUGGGUAACGAGUUGGAAAUGAGUCGGAAUCUUCUAGAUGAAUCUCAGAUGAAUUGUGCACACUUAGAGAAUUGUCUACACGAAGCAAGAGAAGAGGCGCAGACUCAUCUAUGUGCAGCUGACCGUAAAGCAUCGGAAUACACCGCGUUACGUGCCUCGGCGGUUAAAGUGCGCACGCUUUUCGAGAGGCUUAAAACGUGUGUUUCCUCUGCUGGUGUGGUGGGUUUUGCUGACUCACUACGCGCGUUAGCUCAAUCUCUUGCCACUUGUGCAAAUGAGAAUAGUGAUGAUGGUGUGGCGGAGUUUCGUGAAUGUGUGCGGGUGUUGGCUGAGAAAGUGGGAGUGCUGACUAGGCAACGAGCCGAGCUAAUCGAUAGGUACACAAAGGCGGAGGCAUCACAUGAAGAGCUCACAAAGGAGUUGAAUGAAAAGAAAGAAUUGCUCAACACUUUGUAUGUCAAGCUUCAAUCUGAAAAACAGGUGAACAAGGAGAAGAUAUCAUUCAGUCGUUUAGAGCUUCAUGAGAUAGCAGCAUUUGUACUUAACAAUGUAUCAGGCCACUAUGAAGCCAUCAACCGAAACUCUGCACAUUCUCAUUACUUUCUUUCUUCAGAAUCUGUCGCCUUAUUUGCUGAUCACCUUCCAAACCGGCCCACAUACAUUGUGGGCCAAAUCGUGCACAUCGAGAGACAAACUGUAAAAUCAUCCCCGGGUCGACCCACGGGUUUGAACCCGUAUGGGUUACCGGGUGGGGUUGGGUGCGAGUACUUUGUGGUGACUGUAGCCAUGUUACCUGACACAACCAUUCAUUCGCCUACUGCUGCUUCCUGAUCGUUAAAAUUUGGGCAGAUAUGAUGGAAGAAAAGAAAAAAAAAAAUAGAGGCAAGUGUACAUAGAUGACGUUUUAAUGGGAAAUUUGAAAGUUUAAUGAUUGAAUUUUAUUUCAGUUUGGUGUACAG